AUGCGUGUUUUGGUAACUGGAGCCUCCGGCCUACUUGGUCGUGCAGUUUACAAAACCUUCUUAGAGGAUAAAAAUGAUGUGAUAGGAUUAGCAAAAACACGAGCUAAAGGAGAUUUAAAACAGCUUGAUUUAACUGAUACGGAAGCCGCAGAGACAUUCAUUAGCGAAAUAAUACCCAAUGUGAUUGUUUAUUGUGCGGCUGAACGUCGACCAGAUUUCGCCGAGAAAGAUCGAGAUGGUACUUUACGUAUUAAUGUAGAAAUACCCGCGCGACUGGCUACCAUCGCUGCUAAAUCCAAUUCUUUUUUUAUUUACCUGUCCACCGAUUAUGUAUUUGACGGGAAAAAUCCGCCUUAUAGUGUUGAUGCUGCGCCGAAUCCUUUGAAUUUCUAUGGUGAAACUAAAUAUAAAGGAGAAGUUGCGGUGUUGAAUGCGAAUCCUAAUGCAGCGGUUUUGCGAGUCCCUAUCUUAUACGGUGACACUGAAUACUCUGGCGAAUCAGCCAUUGAUGGUUUAAUGGAUGUUGUCAAGAAUAAUCAAAAGACUGCUGAAAUGGAUCAUUAUGCGCGUCGAUAUCCCACAAAUGUGGGAGAUGUAGCAAGAGUGAUUAGAGAUUUGGCUAAAAAACAAGUAGAAGAAGAUAUUCCAAUAAAAGGAAUCUUCCAUUUUAGCGCCCAAGAAUUAUACACAAAAUACCAAAUGUGUGUUGUAUUUGCUGAAAUUUUGCACGUUCCGAUUGAUCAUCUUAUUGUGAAGGACAAAGAACCUGAAUCUGCUGCAACCAAACGACCAUAUGAUUCUCAUCUCUUGAACGAUCGAUUGAACGAAUUAGGAAUUGACACUAGUCAUGUGAAUUUUAAGAGUUGGUGGACGCGUAAAUUAAUACGUAGAAAAUAA